CUUAAUCUCUCUCUCAUUAAUGAAAGCGUGUAUCCAGCAAAGCCGUGACGAGCAGCCGUAUUUUAGGCAUCCCAAACUGCCAGGAUAUAGAGUACCAGAAAGUCCGCCUAUGUAGGGGAAGUCCCAUAAGGAAAUCCCCCCCCCUCAGUGCAGGAAUAUUAUUUCGAAAUUGAACGCGCCCUAUCUCUUACACCGUUGACCUUCUCUCUAAAUUAGCAGAAUUGCGGUGGAGCUCAUGACAACUAACUCGUACAACAACUCGACUCCGUGGUGGAACAGCCUGGGACCCCUGAUGUCUUCGCUUGGGAUCUGAUUCUGUUGGAUACAGCCGAGGAGGACCUGGCAUGGAGAGCAUAGUGGUGGCAGACGAGAUGUUGAAAAACAGACUUAAGAGCAUCAACACGUUGAACGCGUUCUGUCACGAAUCGCGGCAUGAAAUCGACUCGCUGAACCGUCAGAUACACAUGAAAGACAGCGUAAUUGCAGAUCUUAAAGCGAGAUUGGGACGAUACGAGGGUACAUGUCUUAAUGUGGAAGGAGAGGAGCCCGUGGUGUUUGGUCCUUCUAAAUCACUGUUGGAGAAUUUGUGCAAAGAGAUCAGUAAUCUAAAACAAAAACUGAAAGACACUGAGACAAGCGCUGCGCAGCAGUCGGAGACAAGCAAAUUAGAGAUCGGACGGCUGCAGCAAGAGGUGCGGGAGAAAGACCGGGAACUGUGGCGGAUCGCCAACGUACCGCAGCACCAGAAGGACCAGGAGAUCCGGAGCCUGCGGCAGGCUCUGUCGGAACAGGAGCGGGCCCGGGCCACCGGUGCCGUGCUGUGCACCUCGCUGGCCGAGGAGGCCGACCAGCUCCGGGGCCAGCUGGGGGCCACCGUCAGGGUGUGUCAGGAGCUGCUGAGGAGGCUGGAGAGGGAGAGCCAGGGGGAUGGAGCGGCGGAGCACCGGCCACCUGACCUGCAGGCCAAAGAGUUUGCCGACUCCUCAAACACCGGUCAUGUCAACACCUUAGUCUGCAAACUGCAAGAGGAAAACACAGCGUUGAAGCAGAGAGUCGCAUACGUCGAGAGCCUGAACGCUCAGUGGCAGAAGUAUGACUCAAGCAGGGAGGAGUAUGUGAAGGGGCUAUGUCAGACGCUGAAGCAGUUCGAACGCCUUGCUGGUCCCGGGGUAGGGGCGGGGCCUGGGACGGGGCCGGCGCCGGCCAGCGGCACUCUGCUGCAGCAGGAGAUAGCCAGGCUGAACCGCCUCCUGGAGGAGAAGAUGAACGAUUGUGCCAAGCUCAGCAGGGAGCUGGAGGACUCGAGGAUAAAGAACAAGGAGCGCAUCCAGACUCUCGAGCAGCAGGUCCUCAUUUACACAGACGAUUUUAAGUCGGAGCGUGCCGAUCGGGAGAGAGCGCAAAGCAGAAUCCAGGAUCUCCAAGAGGAGGUGCUACGGCUACAGCAGAAACUCCACAAAAAGCAGGACCCCAGAGAUCCUCCGGUCGCCUGCUGGGUACACAGGGGAAACAGGAUCUCCGCUGCAUGCCCGCAGCCGGAGCCUUCCGAGCCGUUGCUAGGAAACGCCGCCGACCAGCUGGCGCCGCAGCGGCCCGGCGGGCAGCCUGGGCAGGGCGCGGGCCGGAUCGGUCGGUGCGGCAUCUCGGACCUGCAGUGCCCACGGUGCUUCACCGCCUACGACGAAGACCACACGUCCGAGUACCUGAAGCACUGCGAGGAAUGCGCCAAUUUGUGACUGCAAAAGGGGCCCGGCGGCGGGAGUAAUCGGGAGUAAAACCACUAGCUACACGUCCGACACACGCAAAUUCCAGGGCUCACCUGCUCACCCUGGCGUAGAAAUACUCAGCUACUGUUUUGGACUUUUUUCCUAAUGCAUGUAUGUACACACAGGUUGUAUGGAUGGGAGUUUGCCAUUUGCUCAUCCACAGAGUGUAAACAUGCCAUUUUUCCUUAUGACUGUUUUGAAACAGCAGGGUUGCACUCACAUGUCAUUUAAGCUGUCAUCCAUGACAAAUAAUCAAAUCCUAUAAUUAUUACAGCUAUAUAUAUUCAUCUAUUGUUUACAAAUAAUAUAAGGGGGUGUUUGGUAAAUCCAAAAGCAAGCCACUCUGACAAAUGGUCGGACCCAGCACAAAAA